UAUGACUGUGACAGGUGGUAGCCCGAUAGCUAGCGUUCGGAAAGACGUUAGUUUGCAAUAAAAACGCGAGCACUUCAUUGGAUUACAAUAUACUGCUAGCGAGAUUAGCGGUUCUCAGUAUUUGUGCUUGCAAAGACCCAUUUGACAGAUGCAAUGCAUUCACUUGCACAGGAAAUUCAAGGAUUUUCGAAAACAAAACUGAAAAAGCAAAGCACUGUUGUGACAACUGUGCUCGGGCGACGGCAUAUAGAAACAAUGGACGACUCCAACGUGCACGAAAUUGAGGAACCAGGGAUGUCAGGCUGUGGAUUUGUUCAAGAUACCAGUUUGGAUCUUCAUGUUGGCAUUAUCAAGCCAUUUCUACUGCUCUCAUCCCAAGACGCAGCCCAAGAUAUAGAAACUUUGAAGAAAUUUAAGGUUUCACAUAUAUUGAAUGUCGCCUAUGGUGUUAAAAAUAACUUCCCAGAUCUAUUCAGUUAUAAAACAGUGACCAUUCUGGAUAUUCCGGAAACAGACAUCACCUCAUAUCUCCAAGAAUGUUCACAGUUCAUAGAUCAAGCCAAAACUGAGAGUGGGGUUGUCCUGGUCCAUUGCAAUGCCGGAGUCUCUCGUGCUGCCUCAGUAUUAAUUGGGUACCUCAUGUACAGAGAAGGUUUGGGGUUUGAUGAAGCAUUUGCCGUUGUGAAGGAAGCAAGACCCUCUAUCCGUCCCAAUCAAGGAUUUCAUGAACAACUGAAGAAUUACAAACCAUAGGCAACUAACACAAUGUAAAUGCAAAACAAGAAAUAUAAAUGCAGUGUCUUAUGUAGGCCGAACAUCCUGAACAUGCAACACUCUAAUAAUAAAAUACAAAUUAUUACAAACCAUA